CGUAAUCCUUCAUAAAAACGUGAACUUUAUAUUAUUGUUGCAGGAAAACUUAAGAUAUAUAACAAUGGAACACUUACUUUUUCUUUUUGAUGAUGUGCUGUAGAGUGUAGACACGAUGCAACAAUGCACUGAUUGUUUUUAGGGAAGUUUACUAAAAUGACACAAAUUAAUUGUGUUAUUACUAGAAUGACUCAUAUUUUUUGAAAAUUAUUAGAAUAUUUUUAUGGUCGAAACUGUCCCUACCCAUAGUUAUAACAAAAGAAAAAUAUUACCAAAAUGUCCUUACCAAUUUUUCGUUGGCAGAUUUAUUUUGUUAUAAAAAAUAAAUCUAUCGAGUAAUAAGUCUAUUUAUAAAAUCUGUAUAGAAAAAUAAAUCUGUUGUUAUAUUGGUGUCAGAUUUUCUUACAAACGUCAGAUUUGUUUUCACAACAGAGUUAAUUAUCCGAUUUAAAUAGAUAACAGAUUUUUAAAGAUAUGUCUAGCGACUGAAGUAGCAUAUUUGUUAUAAAUAGUAGAUUUUUGUGGCCAAUUUAUUUUUUUCUGUACCGACUUAUUUUUUUCUGUUAGACUUAUUUUCUGAUGGCAGAGUUAUAUGUCUGACUUAAAAGUGUUGGCAGACUUUUUAUUUUAUAUGGUGGCAGGCUUUUAAUUUAUGUUGUGGCAGAUUUAUUGACAGAAAUUGAGUUUAUAUAAGCCAAACUUAAUUUAAUGUUCAAUUUCAACCGGGUUUACAUUAAUUUUGAAUUUGGUAUCAAAUUAUGAAGUAUCAACAACUCUAAGUUCUUUCGUUUGACGUCUUUUUUUGUAUAUGUAUACAUUUAGAAUUGUCUCACGUAUCAUUGUCCAAGUUUCUUUCAUCACCUGUAGCAUAAGGUCUGGAUUUAACUUAGUCCACGAUUAUUUUGUCACUACAAAUAUGCUUCUAUAAAUAGUGUUACUAGGGUCAAAGUAAAUAAAAAAAUCUGUGUGAGAUUCUUGAUGAAAUUAUAAGAGCGGGAGUAACAACACUCCCGGUUGGCAUAUACAAUAAUCCGACUAAAGAACAUCAGCUCGCGUACUGGAAUACUUGUACAUCCAAUACAAAAAAAACAACAAAAAAACUACAUAAGCAGUUUUUAAAACAACAUGCAUACUACUUAGCAAACUUAAGGAACCUCCUCAUAGAUUUCUACAGCCAUCUUCAGAUGUACAACUGGAAUAAUAUCGUCGUUCAAACCGUUAAACAGUCAAUAUACUUCAAAGUGUAUAAACCCACAGUCUCCGAGGUUCAGAUCUUGCGGUAUGUUCUUCUGUCUUUGCACCCUGAACUGAUUCUCACUUUUCUUCCACAUUUUAGGAGACGACAUCUAACUUAGCAAUGCCGACAACAUUCUUUUUCUAAAAGAAACCAAAAAUAUGAAAAGCCAGAAGUGAACUGAGAAAGAACAAGAUAUUAGCACAAGAACCACAAUUAGUGUACCUUAUAAGUCGAUUAAGGAAAACUGUUUCUACAUUAGAAUUGUAGAACACAUAAUGAAUAAGUGAGUUACCAUCUUUUUUUUGAUCAAAGUGAGUUACUAUCAUGACUAAAAUAACUGAAACUGUUAAUGCAAAUAUACUAAAUUUGCAGAACACAUAAAACUAAGAAACCCAAUCUGAGAAAGGACUAGAACUGCAACAAGCGACUGGUCCCUGCACCCAGAUCUUCAACACUGAUGCAGGAUAUGCCAAUCAAAGACAAAUUCAACUAAGUGAUGAAAACAGAGGCCCCGCUGGACGUGGAACCACCGAGCCGGACUCAAACCCCACCGGACAGUUAGAUUCACCAUCGUCCACAGGCGGAUAGAUCACGCCCUGACGACGAACUCGACCUCACUGGUAACAAGGCAGAAACCAACCGUCGCUCAACCACACCAUAUCACCAUUGAGAGAAGUUCCAUCACCUUCCAGUACAUCCGAAGACCUUAAAACUACAGAAGUCGAUUAAAAGUAAAGAGGACUCAUAGAAGACUUCUCACAGCACAGGUAAGAGCACCGCCGCCAGAAAAAAAGUAUCAGACGAAACGGAGAGACGCGAGAGAGGAACAAUAUUUUUUAGGUCUGUUUUAGAUAUAAUGCUUCUAAUUUUUCGAAAAUAAUGUAAAAUGACAGCACCUUAAAAAAGAUUUCAAGGGUAUUUGUGUAUUUUGACCUUCAGUGAAAGUUAUUCUGGUAAUUAUAAAAUAAUAUGCAUUAGUUUAGUCAUUACAAGUAAAAUAUGUGUCAUUUUAGGUAAUUUCCCAUGUUUUUAAACCAAAAAAAAAAUGCACUGAUUGUUUGUUCUAUGUAAAGUUUAGCCCUGAGUACAAUUUAGAGAACAUUAACCUUGAUCACCAUGUGUCAAAACUUAGAGUCUCACCUUUGAAACCACGAUGCUUUGUAGAUACAAUGGAGAGAAGAAAGUAAUUUAAUUUAUAUUAGAGAUGAAGAAACAGUUUUAUACCAAAAAGAAAAAGAAAACAGUUUCAAAAUAUAUGAGUAACGUGGGAUGGGUUUUUGAGAAAAAUUAGGAAUAUAGGUAGUUGAAUAUUUGAAUUGCUGAAAUAUAGGAAAAAAAAUAAUUGAUUUAAAAAAUUUUGCAAGUGUUAAAUUUUUUUAAUUGUUUUUUAAAAAAAUUCCACAUGUCAAUACCUGAUUCGCCAGGCGACUUGCGCUUUAGUAUAUAAGGGAUGUAUAUACACUAAUCACAAUUUCACAAUUGCUUAGAAAAUCAAUUCUCUCUUUAAGCGUUAUGUCGUCAAGCAUGAAUGUUCCACAAGUUGAAGUUAGUAUCGACAGAAGGAGAGUCCCCCCCUCGGUAGGAUACACAUCAAACAAUGUCCGCAUCAUGAUCAACACUUGCUUUCACGAGGUUCUUGAAAACCUUACCACCCGUCAGUGAACGCUAACCGGCCGGUUCGUUUUGCUCUCCCCACCAGUUCUUAUCGAUUUCAAUCUCUCUAGUUUAAGCAACAGUUACAUCCAAGAGCUUCUCCGAGAUAAUCUUGCUCCUGGCCACCAUUGGUUAUGCGAAGAUUUGGCCGCGGAUAUCUCAUCGGAAGCGGAGGAGUUAGGUUUUGGACGUAAUGGAUUUAGCUUGACCUUCUCCAUCGAAAUCACUUACGAGAGGGUUGUGGCCAUGUAUGAUCCUCCUCCAGACGAGGGAUUGUUUUUGAGAGCUGUGCUAUCGAAGUUGGUUGUGCUAGGGAAGAUAGAUAGAGAGGAGCAUGAGAGUUUGACGAAUAUGGAAACAGAGUCGCCGUGUUCGAUUUGUCUCGACAAUCUCUAUGGUUCUUCUUCGAUACAUGGUUCCGCCACACUGAUGAACUGUUCUCAUGUCUUCCAUGAACGUUGUCUCUCGGAUUGGCUUCAACAGAAAAACACAUGCCCCAUGUGUCGGACUGUGUUGUACAAUUGCUGAUUUUGGAAACACAUGGGGAUCGAAACUAGGGUUUUCAUGUACUGAUUUCGCAACGUGGGUCACAUGCGAGUCAAAUUGUUAAAGUGUUAUUUUGAUAUUAAAUUUAGAAACUGUAGUUUUACAAUUGGAGUGGCUUCCAACAUAUUUUUCAGGGUUCUCAGUGAUCAUACUCUUUGUCUUUCUCUUUUUCUCUGGUAGACCAAGACUCAAAACUACAUAAAUUUUCUUAGUAUUUUUACCAAAAAGUUUCAUAGUAUUCUUACCCUACAAUUCCUGUAAAAUCGAGAUACAGCGAAAACACAAGGCACAAAAUAAUUCCAAGAACUCGUAUAUUUUUUAUAAGAAAUCCUUUACACAAUUAAUCUCUUACAGAUUUGUUUGAUCCGAAUUACACAACUCGACACGGAUCAAUUUCUAACAAACUCAACUUACUUGACUCAACACCUGUUGAUCAAGUCUACCAAUUCACUCAGCUAUGAAACCUCAAAACCCUUUGUGUUUCUCUCUGAGAAUUACAACAUGAAAGCUCUAACCCUAAUUUUAGGUAAAGCCACCAUAUAUAUUAAAUAAUAUUUUCCUAUUAUCUAAUAUAAUAUUUCAUAUAUUUUAGCAUCACCAAAUAUUCCAAUUUGUGAUCUAAUAACAUUCCUUUAAUGCUUAUUUCGUCAACCAAGCAUGUGGAAAUAUCACACAUCAUCGCAUCUUGACGUUUCCUUUUUAUUCUCCGUAGCAUGUGUCACACAUUACUCUCCAUGUGUAACACAUGUACACGAACCAAAACUCCACCACAGCAGCAACCUAUCAAGCUCCAAGUUCUUGAGCUUACAUUCUCCCCCUUUUUCACUGAGUUUUACAACUCAAGCUCAAUAACCUCUAAGCACAAUAUGCAUCAUACAUCCCAUCAAAGUAUUAACUUAAACUCCCCCUGAAUCAAGUACCAUUUCCCCUGCUUAAGUGGAAAACUCUGUGAAAAACUUCAUGAUACUUGUUGGACCAUCAAAACCCUCAACUCCGUCUACGCCAUCGAACUGGUUCUUCAAGUUCAGUAUAUUGAUCAACCAUUCGAAUGUAUGACACAUUGGUAUGCUCGUGUGAGACACCUUUCGUAAACUUGGGAUACAGAUCCUUCUUAGCUAUCCAUACAUAUCCAUACCUUCUAGGUUCCACAUAACAAAGGUUCAUCCUCCAAGCUCGCUUAAUCUGGUGUCUUCGAGAAUAACAUAAAUCAACCUUAUGACCAUGAUUCCCACAAAACAAACAACCAUUCCUCCUAGUUAUUGCAGGCUUUGGAGAGUGUAGUUUUGUCUGAGCAUUAGGUUCUUUUUUCACAGGUGCAGAUGUAUGUCUUUUCUCAGCUUUCGAGCUACUUUCAGGAUUAGUUGGAAUACCUUUUACAAACUUGAUAACAUCAACUGGAAUAGCUUGAUAUUUUGGAGCAGCACCCUUGUAUCCUAAGCCCCAAUUCACCUUUGGAGGUUGUCCAACUGAUAAUAUAUGAUCUAAACUUUCAGAUCCUCUGUUCAGCAUCCUUAACUUUUUGUAAUUUUUACUGAGUUCUCUUUACAGCAGCUGACUUUUCUCGCGUUCCUCAUUCAAUAGGUGUUUCGUCUGAUCAUAUUUAGUCUCCAUACUCUUAUGAUUGUAUGCCUGCUUAGAGGUUUUCUUCUGUGAACUAUGUGGAUCAGACUCCUCUUCUUUUGACACUCCAGUCUAAGAUUUAUUGUUGGUUUCCAACUCUAGAAUGUUCACUUUUGCUUUCAGCAUUGUUGUAUCUUUGAUCAGCUGAAUAUUUUCUUCACUGAGUUUAGCAAAUUGACCAAACAGAACCUGAUACUCAGCUAGAAGAUCCACAUCUAUAUCACUUUCUGCAUCACUAUGUGACACAUCGGAGUUGGUGUGUGACACACACGACGCACGAAAUUCACCUUUAAUGAUGUCUUUUUCAGACCCCAUAGCUCUAUGAAGAGCCACGAAAUUUAGAGCAUCUUCUUUUCUUUCUGGUUUUUUAUCAUUCCAAAUUCUCCUCAUCUUCAUCUUUUUGUGUGUUCACACAAUCUGAUUUUAUGUGCCCAUAACCAUUACAUCCAUUGCACUUGAUUUUGUUUCUCUUGAAUGAUGGACAAUCUGUUUUGACAUGUCCAAUACCAUGACAGUUAAAACACACCGCUCCCUGCAUUUUAUUUUUUUCUUCUUCUCUAGACAGUCUGUCGUUGGACAUCUUAUACAAGAGAUUCAUGGUUUCUUCAAGUUUCUGAAUCAUCAGGUGAAUAGAUUCUUCAAGUUUUUGAGCUCUUUGGAUGUCUUCAUCAACUGUAACUGUAGAGUCUUGAGCAGGCUUUGAAAACUUAGAUUCCAGUUCCAUCUCCUCAGCCUUUAAUAUCCCUACUACCUCAGCAAACUUGAGUUCAUCAGUGUUCAUCGUCAAGUUUAUUGCUGCUUUAUGUGCUGCAAACUUAGUAGGCAAACAUCGCAAAAACUUCUUCACCAAUUUUGCAUCUUCGUAUUUUUUACCUAAAACUUGUGAUUCAUUGGCUAUGGAGCUAAGCUUUGCACUGAAAUCUCCUAUCUUCUCAUCAUCAGUCAUCCUUGUGUCUUCAAACUGUGAUGCAAGCAAAUCCAAUCUUAUCCUCCUAACUUUCGCAGUACCCUCAAAAGCAUUUUGUAGUAUAUCCCAAGCCUCCUUAGCUGAUUCACAUCCCUGUAUAAGCUCAAAUUGCUUUCCAUCUACAGAACUGAAGAUUGUAUCCAGUGCUUUCGCAUUAAACCUUGAAAGUUUUUUCUUUGUUGCAGUCUACUUUGUCUUCGGUUUAAGUGUCUUCAAGCCAUCUUCUUGCAUCACACACGGUUCUUCCCAUCCAGAUUGAACAACUGUCCAGAUAUCUUCAUCAGCUCCACGUAAGUUUGCUCUCAUUCUCACUUUCCAGUACCCAUAAUUCACAUCAUUCAGCAAUAACAUAUUAUUUGCCAAAAUCGCCAUAUUCUCUUCUCAGGAUCUCACCUUGGUUCGAAGAACUCUUCUUCGUUUAGAUGUCCCGCUCUGAUACCAAUUGUAAAAUCGAGAUACAGCGAAAACACAAGGCACAAAGUAAUUCCAAGAACUCGUAUAUCUUUUAUUAGAAAUCCUUUACACAAUCUCUUACAGAUUUGUUUGAUCCGAAUUACACAACUCGACACGGAUCGAUUUCUAACAAACUCAACUUACUUGACUCAACACCUGUUGAUCAAGUCUACUAAUUCACUCAGAUAUGAAACCCCAAAACCCUUUGUGUUUCUCUCUGAGAAUUACAACAUGAAAGCUCUAACCCUAAUUUUAGGUAAAGCCACCAUAUAUAUUAAAUAAUAUUUUCCUAUUAUCUAAUAUAAUAUUUCUUAUAUUUUAGCAUCACCAAAUAUUCCAAUUUGUGAUUUAAUAACAUACCUUUAAUGCUUAUUUCGUCAACCAAGCAUAUGGAAAUAUCACACAUCAUCGCAUCUUGACGUUUCUUUUUUAUUCUCCGAAGCAUGUGUCACACAUUACUCUCCAUGUGUAACACAUGUACACGAACCAAAACUCCACCACAGCAGCAACCUAUCAAGCUCCAAGUUCUUGAGCUUACAAUUCCAUCAAGAAAUAUUACGAGAAAAACGUAUAGAAUCACAAACACGAAGAAAAACAAGAAAAUCGUAUGAGUCUUUGUGAAAUGUAAACCAAGAAAUAUGUUUUAACCCAAUUUCUUAUGAAACAACAAAGAACAGAAUCACUAGAUUAGACGAUGCGGGUAACUGCAGCAUGUAUAGAAUCAGCAAGUUGAGGCAUUGUCUUUGAGCUUAGACCUGUCAUGCUUAACCUCUUGAAAUACACAAUUCUCAUUAUAAUUGAUAAGCUUUUAAAUGGACAAAUAAAUUUAACAUCUAGCAUAAUUUUCUCUCUUAUCUUGGAAAUACUAAUUCAAUUUUAGCAUGUAGAUCGAAUCGUACUUAUAAUCUUGGGAGAUGAAUCUAGAUUCUUAAAUAUCAAUGGAGAUUCAUAUCCAACAUAUAUUCUAAUAUCACUUGAAAAUCAAUACAAUUAAAACAUAAGCAUAAAGUUGAACCCAACUUACUUGUUGGUUAAAAAAUUUAAAAGUACUAUAUAAUAUAAUUAAUAUCCCUACAUUAUCCUUAAGCCGAAUGAAUUUAUAUAUAACAAAACCACUAAAUUCUCCUCUUAUUUAUGGUAAGAAUUGAUGUCAAAAAAAUUAUGGUAAAAAUUUAAAUGAGGUGAUUAUUAGUGAUAUUUCUUAUUAAGUGAUAUUAUUUGUAGUAACAAAUAUUAAUGUCUCUUGAUCUUAACUUAUUUAACCAAAAAUAAUAUUUUUAAUUAGGUUGUUAACACACAUCUUAGUUUUCCUCCAACGAUUUAAAUUUAUAUAUUCACAAUACUAGCAAAUAAAUAUUUUGAAAUAUUCCUUAUACGAUCCGACAUCUUUAAACUUAUUCCUCAAACAAUAUAAAUAACAAAACAAA